AUGUCUGCUCUUACUCAACUCUUCCAUCAAUAUGCUCCGACAGCUACCAACCUGGCCAGGUCGCCUAAAGUGCAAGCCGCGGCAGCAACCCUCUGUCUCCUGGGCCUGCUUCCGCGUGUGAAUGAAUGGUUCUCCCUUACCAGGGCUAACAACAAUGUGACUGACAAAGCUUGGGAUUGGUCCAAGGAGAUCAUCGUCGUGACCGGUGGUAGCAGCGGCAUCGGCGCCAAGGUCGUUGAGAUGCUUGACCACAGAAACGUCAAGACCAUCAUUCUAGACCUGAAUCCGCCCGCGGCCAAAAUUGGACGCAACGUCUCGUUCUAUCAGAUCGAUCUUUCCGAUGCCUCUGCGAUUGCCGCAGUGGCCGAACGCAUUCGAGUCGAACACGGCGAGCCCAGCGUUUUAAUCAACAACGCUGGCAUCGGAAAUGCUGAGCCGAUUCUUACUGUAUCGGAGGCGAAGCUGCAGAAGCUGUUUGGUGUCAACCUGAUUGCUCCUUUCCUGCUGGUGCAGCAGUUUCUCCCUUCCAUGGUCGCCCGGAACCAUGGACAUGUCAUCAACAUUGCUAGCCUGGCUUCCUUCAGCACCCAGGCCCGCAACGUCGAUUACGGGUCCAGUAAAGCCGGUAUUCUUGCUUUCCACGAAGGACUGAAGCAAGAGCUGAAGCAUAUAUACAAUGCGCCGGCAGUGCGUGCAACAACGCCCAUGGUCGAGAAGCUUUCCAAGACCGGGAAGUUCAAGGAGCCCAUGGUGAGCGCGUCCGAUGUCGCCAGCGCUAUUGUGAACCAAAUUUUCUCCGGCUACGGGGCGCAGGUUUGUAUUCCAUCGAGCCUGGGCUGGGUUUCGAUGCUCAGAGGAUUCCCGGUGUGGCUCCAGGAAGCCUUGCGCGACCGAACGACGCGUGGAUUUUUGGCUGCAAUCGAGGAGUCAGGUUAA